AUGUGUAAAAUUGACCCUAAAGAUCAACUCAAACCAUAUUUUCCUCCGGCCAGACCAUCCGUGGAAAACCUCAGUGCACUUUGCUCAAAUGGUGGCAGUCGCCCCAGAUAUCCUGAGAGCUGCAUUCCUCCUUUAGGUCACGCUUACUUCAGACGAAAAGCAACUGCAGUGAACAGAGUUGAAGCGUGGUUUAGUCAGUGCUGUCAAAGGGAUGUGGCCAAAGAAGACCAGCAGAUCCUUUGCUGUGUCAAACAAGCGUGGGAAACUGCAUUAUCCCAAUUCUGUACUGAUGAGUUUUCAGCCAUGACCAUCGCAUACGGUUGCUGUAAGAAGAAGGAUGAGGAGAGGUGGAGCUGCUUCGACAAAAAGGCUCCAAACCCCUCCUACCAACCUCACGCUGGUUACACCGCCCCAUCUGUACCCUCGGACAUGAUCUUCACCUGGGAGCCCAGCACCUUAAAUAGUGCAGACCAGCUGAUGGUGCCCUACAGCCCUUCAAAGAUUCCAUCAAAUCCGAAUUCCAAGCCGAAGAGAGGAACGGGAAAGAAAAUAAUUCAUCAUGGUUUGGACAAGCACCCUUUUCAGCAUUUUAAUUCUCAGUUCAUUCCUUUGGGAGGGGGACAGAACAUUGACCCUGAUGUGCUGCUGGAAUCAAGUUUUCCUCCAGCCCAACCUUCGCUGACGAACCUGAAUGCUAUUUGUCUCCAUGGCAGUGGCCGUGACAGAUACCCUGCCAGCAUUUUUCCUCCAUCAGGUUAUGCUUACGCCCGUCGAGCCGGGAACGCAGUAAACAGACUGGAAGCGUGGUUUAGUCAAUGCUGCAAUGAGGACGUGGCCAGAGGAAAUAGGGAGAUCCUUUGCUGUGCAAAACAGGCAUGGGAAGCUGCACUUUCCCAGUUCUGCACCGAGGAGUUCUCUACCAUGACUAUGGCCCAUGAGUGCUGCGAGAGGAAAGGAGAAGACAGGUGGAAUUGCUUUACAAAACAGGCUCCUAAUCCCUUCUACAAAUCCCUUCCUGGUUAUCUUGCCCCAGUGGUACCAGCAGACAGGAUGUUCACCUGGGACCCCAAUACUUGUUGAAGGUCAAGAUAUUGAAUGAUAAUUACGAUUAUAAUCAUAUGAUCAGAUUCCAUAUGCAAACCUGAUCUUUUUUUGCUACAGCAACAUUUUUUAUAUUCUCACAAUAGAGUGCAAAAUGCUUUAGAACCCUGUAUAUGAACUUUGGAUGUGUGAUUGUGUGUCAUAGAGAAAUAAAAUGUCCAAAAUUGUCCUUUGAGUUGUGAACGGUUGUAACUGAGAUUUCAUCUUUAACUCUAUUGUAUAAAUGUUUUAAUGAGGAAUGUAUUGGAAAAAAGGCACAAAUAAAUCAGUGUAGAUCA